GAUCGCACGGAUCCUACAGACCCCUUUGCGUCUUAACUUUUCGCCUAAACUACGUCCUAGGAGGUUUUCAACCCUGGGGUUACCACUUGGUCAACGUUCUUCUCCAUUGCUUAGCAACGGCUUUGCUAAUCCGCCUCGCUAGACUGGUGCUUCCGAAGACAAAAUCAAAAGUGGGAUCAUUAGUUACUGGAUUGAUAUUUGCAACGCAUCCUAUACACACAGAGGCAGUUGCUGGGGUAGUAGGAAGAGCAGAUCUAGCAGCUUGUAACUUCUAUUUUUUAUCGUUACUAGCCUAUAUAUCUCACGUGAAAUGUCGGGAUACCAUGUACUGUCAUCGGUUUUGUAAGAAAAAUACCGCAAUUAAGUCUGAUUCCAAGCAGUAUCAAAAAUUUGUCUAUUCUCUUCAGAAAAACGUAACCAGUUGCAAUUGGCCAAAGAGAAACUUUAAAGAUGUGGAAAAUAGUGAAAGUUCUUCCAUGGUUGUGAAGAAUCAAGAAAUAGUUAGUGCGUGUUGUUGGAAAAAUAAUUUGAAAUUGUGGAUAUAUUUGGUUUUAUGUUUGUUACUAGCAGUGGCUGCAAUGUUGAGCAAGGAAACUGGAAUUACUGUGCUGGGGCUAUGUUUUGUGUACGAUUGGGUUUACUGCAUAUCGAACAAUAAGACCCAGACUCGGAGCUUAUUGAUUCUCGCAUCAGCCCUGUCAAUCAUACUGGCUGUCAGACUGCAAGCACGUACACCGAAAUUUUCCAGCGCCGAUAAUCCAACAGCGAGGGAAACGGAUUUUUUAACAAGAUUUUUAACAUUCUCCUACCUACCAGUCUUUAAUUUUUGGUUACUGAUCUUUCCUAGCAACCUCAGCUUCGAUUGGGGCAUGGACGCUAUACCAAGAAUAACUACAAUCAAAGACUAUAGAAUUAUUAUUACAAUUAUAUUUUAUUACAGUUUAUUGUGUAUAUUGAGGAAGAGUUUAAAGAAAAUAGUUAGAAAAGGAAAGAAACAAUUUAAAAAACGUGACAAUAAUAAUUGUAGAACGUGUAACUUAAACUGCUCUGAGCUACACUCGAGUUCUUGUAGAACUUCGAAUAAUAAUAAUACAACAAAUUUUUCUUCGUCAUCGUGCGUCUGUUUAAACAUUUGCAGACCUGUAAUUCUUUUCAGACAUGAGAAGAAGCAUAAUUAUACAAGUGCCGCCAUUUUGCUUUCGUUCGCGUUUUUGGCUCUUCCAUUUCUGCCGGCUACUAAUAUUUUGUUCUACGUUGGAUUUGUUGUGGCUGAAAGAGUGCUGUAUCUUCCGAGCGUCGGAUUGUGUUUGUUGUUGGGAUUGGCCAGCGGGACUUUGUGGGACUGUUAUAAAAGACAACGGCCGGUGUUUUUGUGCGGGUUUGUGUUGGUAUUAGUGGCGUUUAGUGCGAAGACUGUAUUUAGGAAUAAAGACUGGAAGAACGAGGAGGCCUUGUAUAGAUCUGCUGUGCCGAUAAAUACUCCAAAAGCGUAUGGAAAUCUGGGCAGCGUUCUUAGCAGUCAAGGGCGGGUAGACGAGGCUGAAAUAGCAUUUCGAAAAGCCCUUCAGUUUAGACCGAACAUGGCGGACGUGCAUUAUAAUCUGUAA